AUGCACAUCGAGAAAAACGUAUGUGAUAACAUAAUUGGAACUUUAUUAGACAUUCCAGGAAAGUCCAAAGAUCAUGCAAAUGCUCGUUACGAUCUCAAAGAUAUGGGCAUAAGAAAAAAACUUCAACCAAAGGAGAUAGAUGGUGGCAAGAAAGCCAAAAUUGCUAAGGCUUGUUUUAACCUUACUAAUCAAGAAAAAACCAUUUUUUGUGAUAUUUUGAAGUCAGUAAAAUUGCCGUCUGGUAGUGCCUCAAAUAUUUCUCGGUGUGUUCAUGUUGCUGAAAAAAAGAUAUCAGGCUACAAAAGUCAUGAUGCUCAUUUUAUGUUGCAUUAUUUAUUGCAAGUAGCUAUAAAAUGCACAAUGCAGAAUCAAGUAGCUGGCCCUUUAAUUUAUCUAGGUUCAUUCUUUCGUUCCUUGUGCCAAAAAGUUGUUGAAAAUGAUACAAUAGAUCAUUUGGAAGUAGAUAUUAGAGAGAUUUUGUGCCAAUUGGAAAGAAUAUUUCCUCCUAGUUUCUUUGAUAUAAUGGUCCAUUUGCCUAUUCAUCUGGUAAAUGAGUUGAGGUUGGGUGGCCCAGUUCAAUUUAGGUGGAUGUACCCCAUCGAGAGAUAUCUGUGUAGGUUAAAGUCCUACGUUCGCAAUAAGAGCCGCCCCGAAGGUUCAAUUGCUGAAGGAUAUUUAGCUGAGGAAUGCUUGACAUUUUGCUCAAGGUAUUUAAGUCCUGAUGUGGAUACAAGGCUGAGUAGGAGGACACAAAAUUAUGAUAAUUGCAGUGAAGCUGACGUAUGUCAUGAUAGCUAUUUUGCAUGCUUGGGGCGACCAAUUGGUGGAAAGAGGAAAGGGCAACCUUUUUCUCUAGAUACCAACUCAAAAAUACAAGCUCAUCGAGAGUAUGAGGAACAUGUCAACAAUCAAACUAAAGGUAGAAAAUGGAAGAAGGCAAAAACUCUAAGCCAUGAUUUUAGUGAAUGGUUCAAAGAGCGUGCUUCUCAUGAAGGUGUUCCGAAACAACUUAAAGAUUUGUCUAGAGGCCCAAACACAGUUGCAAAACAAUUUUCUAGUUAUGUAAUCAAUGGCUACAAAUUUCAAACUAGAGAACAUGAUGCAAGCCACACAACUCAAAACAGUGGUGUGACUUUGGUGUGCGAAACACCAAGCUUUGCUAGUGCCAAGGACAACAACCCAAUGACCAAAGCUGUAACAUAUUUUGGUGCAAUAAAAGACAUAAUUGAGUUAGACUAUUAUGCAUGUUUCAAAUUUGUUCUUUUCAAUUGUGAUUGGUUUGAAGUUGAGGAAGAGAAUUUUGGUCUAACUUCAGUUCACUUUAAUAAAAGAUGUUCUCGGGAUGAUCCUUUUGUAUUAGCUUCACAAGUCCACCAAUGUUUUUAUAUUCAAGACCCUUUUAACAAAGACAAGCAUUAUGUCAUGGACACAGUGCCAAGGGAUUUAUUCAAUGUGUGUGAUGGGUAUGAUGUUGAAGCCGAAGAGUCUAAUCAGAAGGACCCCUUUGAUCAAGCGAAUAAUUUGUUUGUGCCAAAGGAUAAUUGUGAAGUUCAAUGGACUAGAGAAGACAUGCCAAAUACAAUCAUUGAGAAACCUUCACUUGUUCUACAACAAGCUGAAUAUGAUGAUGAUUCUGAUCUUUAA